AGUUUGUAGUUCUCAUUGUUUAAACGACGUAACUCAAUGCAAUAAAACUACUGGAAACUGCAUGCAAGGAUGUGAAGCCGGAUAUAUGGGUAACAACUGUUCAAAGGAAUGUACAGCUGGUCAAUUUGGUCGUGAUUGUAGCAGAACGUGCACCAGCAACUGUCUACAAGGUUUUGAUCAGUGUAGCACAAUUUCUGGAGAAUGUCAGAGUGGCUGCGUGUCUGGAUUUCAAGGACUUAACUGUUCGACUCCGUGUAAGACGGGACGAUUUGGUGUACAUUGUAGUUCGUACUGCAGUAUCCAUUGCUUCAAAGGAAUCGAACAAUGUGACAAAUCAUCAGGUGUAUGCAAUGAAGGUUGUGAAGCAGGGUAUAUGGGGAAAAAUUGUUCGACAGUUUGUCCUGAUGGUCAGUAUGGUCGAGAUUGUACCGGAACUUGUAGUGAUCACUGUAAGAACGGUAAAGCUGCGUGCAACAAAUCAAAAGGAUAUUGUAUCAACGGCUGUAAUCCUGGAUUCACCGGGCCUAAAUGUUUUCUAGACUGUCCAGAAGGCAAAUUUGGUUUAAACUGUAGCGGUAAAUGUCAUUGUCAAGGUGAAAAAGAUUGUCGCAAAUCAGACGGAAAUUGCAGUACCGGAUGUGCCUUUGGAUGGUCAGGAUUCAAUUGUAGCAAUGAUUUAAAUCUAAUAGAGCAUAUACGAGGAAAUGUUACUACAAGACAGUCUAGUAUAUUUUCUCCAUGGAACGAUUUCGACUCCAGUAAAGCAAUAGACGGGGUACAGAAUUAUUCAAUAGAUUCAUGUAAAUGUUGCAGUGUAACAAACGGAACCUCUCCUUCAUGGUGGCAAAUUGAUCUUGAACAGAAAUACUUAAUAGGUGGUUUGCAGAUAUUUGGCCGUGAAUCAGAUAAUAACGAACAGUUGGAAUAUGCAAUUGUUUACGCUGGCAAUUACUCAACGACAGUUAACCCAUCAUUUAAAAUGACAAAUGUUUACAUGGUUCCAAAAAUGACAUUCAAACGACACUUUACCAAGGAACUAGAAAAUCCAAUAAUUGCACGAUACAUUUUAGUACAGUUGUUACAGAAAGUGAUGACGUUGUGUGAAAUUAAUUUAUAUGAGAAAGAAUGUGAAAUCGGAUAUUUUGGAACUGCUUGUAUGCACGAAUGUCAUUGUAAAGACAGGCGUGCAUGUAACCAAGUAACAGGUAAAUGUCAGACACCGGGUUGUCUAGCAGGAUGGCAAGGAGAGGCGUGUGAAAAUGUUUGUGAUGUUCGAAAGUUUGGUAAUCGAUGCAAUAACACUUGCAACUGUAUAAAUGGUACCUUAUGCGAUAAUACAAAUGGAACAUGCUUUGUUGAGCAAUGUGACCCCGGAUGGCUUCUACCAAAUUGCAGCGAACCAUGCGAUCAUGGUCACUUCGGUGAAGGAUGUAACCAGAUGUGUCAUUGUAAAGACAAAACAGGUUGCGACCACAUUAGCGGAAACUGUGACAUAGGAUCGUGUGAUCCGGGCUGGUCAUUGCCAACAUGUAGCGAGGCAUGCAGUUAUCGAACGUUUGGUGAUAAUUGUUCGUCAACUUGUCACUGUUAUAAUAAUACAAGUUGUAGUUCUGCUGACGGUAUAUGUAAAGAAAAUAAAUGUGAGCCAGGUUGGAUAACGCGCAGCUGUGAUAAAGCAUCUUCGGAAAGCGCCCAGGAAAACGCCAAACAAUCAAAUGACUCAUCAGCGGCCGUAGCAGGGGGAGCAGCAGCGGCAGGCGUGGUGGUCAUUCUAUGUGUAGUUAUAGGACUCCUUUUGUUUAGAAGAAUGCGUUUAGCAAAGAAGAAUUCGACAAAAGAAACCAAAUUUUCGCAUCUUGAUAAGGCGCUUGAGGAGAAAACAAACGUCCAACGAAGAGCCCGCCAACAUGCACAUGUCAACAGAUCAUAUGAAGAGGAGCAACACACAAGUAUGCCUGCGACAGAUGCUAGUGAAUAUUACAGUUUUAGUGAACAGUUUAUGGGAAUAAGGAUUCACGAGUUAUGGGACUACAUACACACAAAAAUGGAAAACACUUGUGAACAGCUGAUAUCAGAGUUCAAGGCUUUACCACAAGGCCUUGUUCAUGCAUUUGCAUCUGCCGACCAUAUUUCCAACCGGGGCAAAAACCGGUACAAAGAAAUGUACGCUUAUGACCAUACCCGAGUCAUUCUGGAUCGUAAAAGUGACUCAAUUGAAGAUAAACCUACAGAUUAUAUCAAUGCCUGUUACAUAGACGGUUAUGAGAAAGUUAAAAAGUUUGUAGCGUCACAAGGUCCCACCAAGAAUAUGGUAGACGAUUUCUGGGAGAUGGUUUGGCAACUUAAAUCAGAUAAAAUAGUUAUGCUCACGAAUCUGAUUGAAAUGGGCACGACAAAGUGUUUGCAAUACUGGCCUAAAGAAGAGGAAGGGGAAACUGAGUGUACUUUUGGUGACAUAGUUAUAAAGCUACAAGAAACACAAAAGUUCCUUGACUACAACAUACGUGUGUUUUGGGUCGGAAAAAAUGGAAAAGCGUCACGUAGAAUUCGGCAAUUCCAUUUCAAGUCAUGGCCAGAUAAAGAUGUUCCAGAUAGCACUUGGUGCCUUGUCAAUUUUUGGAGAGUUGUUGAUACGAACAAUGUAUCAGAUGCAGGACCAAUAGUCGUACACUGCAGCGCCGGCGUUGGCAGGACGGGAACAUUUAUAGGUCUUGACAAUAUGGUGAAUCAAGCUCGACAGGAAGGUUGCAUGAGACCGUUACAGAUUGUACAGACGCUGAGAUCACAACGAGUUAAUAUGGUCCAGACAAAGGAGCAAUACAUUUAUCUACAUGAAGCAGUUGCAGACGCCAUGUAUUUUGGUACCCACUUUAUUUGGACAAAACAGUUUAGAGAUGUUCUGGAAUUUAUGAUACACAAAGACAAGGGUGACGCACGGACACGAUUACAGAUACAAUUUGAGCUCAUUGAAAAGAGUAUUGAGAACCCGGCCUCAGGCGUUGCAGAUAGUCCUGAAUAUUCAAAUGUUGAGACUCUAUUAUCAGAGAGCGAUGCAUACAAACCAAAGAUAAAGACAAGAGGGUCAAACUUUGUUGACCAGUUGGGUGCCAUGUUUAUUCCUAACUACAAGGGAAAGAGUACAUUUCUUGUGUCAAUGUCACCUGGUAAAGAUACAAUGGAAGAGUUUUGGUCUCUCGUUGACGACAACAAUAUCAAGACAGUUAUAAUGCUUACAGACCAGUCGUCAUCAUGCUAUCAGUCAAGCUGUGAACUAGGUUCAAGUUCAAAAGGCGGAGCCCGAUUUAGUGUCAACAAGAUAGAAGAGAAAAUAAGAAAGGGUUAUACACAGAGAUCAUUUACCUUCAAGGAAAGUGAAAGGGAGGAGGAUUAUCACUUAACAACAAUGAAGCAGUUUGAAUAUACAGCUUGGAAAGAGGGAGUACCGGCUCCAGAUGACACAACCUCUUUCCUGGACAUGACAGAAGCCGUGUUAAAAUGGCAGCCGCAUUUAACUGAGUCGCAGCCUGUACUCGUACAUUGCAGUGAUGGUUGUACGAGGUCUGGUAUAGUUUGUGUGCUUCUGAACGAGCUUCAAAGGAUGAAAUAUGAGGGAGGCCAUGUCAACAUUGUAGAGUGUGUUAAAAUGAUGAAGAAAAGACAAAGGCAUCUCAUAAACAACUAUGAACAAUACAAGUAUUGUAAUGAUCUAAUUCUGGAUCACAUCAAGCGAACAGAUGUUUACCAAAACCUUUGAAAUGCUGCAAAGAAAGUUGACUAUAUGAUAAUUCAUUUCUAACAUGUGUUGUGAUUUUUGUUAUAA